ACUCCGACAUGAAGCUCUGAAGUCUCAUUCAUUUUGACUCAUUAUCAUAUCAGAGCUUCACCCUGCACUGCCUGUAUCUCUUUAUUUCUUGUUAAUUUUUACCUGCAGUUGACCCUUCACCUUGCCAUAGCCAUGUGUGACAUGGGUGGACUGGACAACCUGGUGGCCAACACAGCCUACCUGAAAGCACAGAGUCUAGAUGACAAGGAGAUGAGGAAACGAAGGCGUAGCCUAAUUCUUCCCCAACUUGAGAAUUGUACAGAGGUGCGUGCAACUAUUCCCAAGGACUUUGAGGACAUCUGUGAGCAGCAGCCCAUUGGGAAAACAUGCUUCCGACAGUUCCUUUUAGCCUCCAGUCCAGAAUACCGAGCCGCGGCAGAGUUUCUGGAUGAGUUGAAUGACUGGAAUUUGGCAGAGGCCGGUGCUAAAGACAAAGCCAGGCAGAAUAUCAUUAAUAAAUUCUGCAAAGCUGACUCCAAGAGUUUCAUGGCCUAUCUGACAGAGGACAUGGCGGAAAAGUGUAACGUUGUCUCUGAGAAGGACUUUCAGGAGGUGAUGAUGGGACAGGUUAAAGAAGCCACACAGGAGUUUCUAAGAGGAAAACCAUUCAUUGAGUAUCAGACCAGCCCGUUCUUUGACAGAUUUGUGCAAUGGAAGCAAUUUGAGAAGCAGUCCAUCUCUGAUAAAUAUUUCUAUGAGUUCAGAACUUUGGGGAAAGGAGGAUUUGGAGAGGUGUGUGCUGUUCAGGUCAAACACACGGGCCACAUGUAUGCCUGCAAGAAGCUAGACAAGAAACGUUUGAAGAAAAAAGGAGGUGAAAAGAUGGCUCUGCUGGAGAAAAAAAUCUUGGAGAAGGUAAACAGCCUGUACCUGGCCUACGCGUUUGACACGACAACCCACCUGUGUUUGGUCAUGACUCUGAUGAAUGGAGGGGAUCUGAAGUACCACAUCUACCACACUGGAGAGAUUGGCAUUGGGAUGGAGCGCAUCAUUCACUACACAGCUCAAAUCAUCACUGGUAUCCUGCACCUUCAUGCCAUGGAUAUUGUGUAUCGGGACAUGAAGCCAGAGAAUGUCCUACUGGACAGUCAAGGCCAGUGCAGGUUGUCAGACUUGGGUCUAGCUGUGGAGCUACCAAACGGGAAAACCAUCACUCAAAAGGCUGGCACCAAAGGGUACAUGGCGCCAGAGAUCCUGAAGCAGGAACCGUAUCGUACGUCAGUGGACUGGUGGGCCUUGGGCUGUAGCAUCUAUGAGAUGGUGGCCGGCCGGCUGCCUUUUAGAGGUUACAAAGAGAAGGUUACUAAAGAAGAGAUAGUAAGGAGAACUCUUGAAGAUGAGUGCAAAUUUGAACACAAAAAUUUUGACGCCCCCUCGAAGGACAUCAUCAGUCUUUUUCUGAAAAAGAACAUUGAAGAGCGCCUUGGCUGCAAGGAUGACCCUCGGAAACAUGAGUUCUUUAAAUCCAUCAACAUCCCUCGACUAGAGGCAGGGCUUAUUGCACCUCCAUGGGUGCCCAAACCCAAUGUUGUGUACGCUAAAGACACGGGUGACAUUCGGGACUUCUCUGAGGUUAAAGGGGUUGAAUUUGAUUCCAAUGAUAAUACGUUUUUUAAAGAAUUCAGCACAGGAGCAGUGCCAAUUCCAUGGCAACAGGAGAUGAUUGACAGCGGACUCUUUGCUGAGCUUAACGACCCAAACAGGAAGAAAGUGGGACUGGAUGAUGAUUAUGAGCAAAAAUCCAAAUCUUGCACUCUUCUGUGAAAGAACAAGAACAUCUUGCGCAACAAAAAAACUGUUUUUUAUUAUUAUUUAUUUAUUUGCUUAUUUACAUAUUAUUUUGUCCUAUUGUUUUUCGAUUUUCAGAGAUUUUUCCAUAUAAUCACAUUUUUGAAGGAUCUUAUAGUGACUGUACUUUGAUGGGUUAUUGCUAUAAUAAUAAAUAAUAUUAUUUUAGUAUUAACGUCUUUUAAUGAGCAUUUAUAUGGAAAAUAAAUUGUUCCGUUGACGGGUUGAUGCAUCUGUACAGUCAUAUGCUGUUUCCUGAUCAGUCAUUCUGUCAUCAUUUACUCACGCUCAUCUUGUUCCAAACCUGUAUGGAUUUCUUUCUUCUGUUGGAAAGAAAAACAAAAAGUUGCUGGUUGCCAUGGACUUCCAUAGUAUGGUGUGAAAAUAUGAAGUCAUAGGCUUCCAGCAUCUGUUUUGUAUCUAACAUUCUUCAAAAUAUCUUCUUUUGUGUCAAUCAGAAGUCGUCAAUGGCUACUAGCAACUGUUUUGUAACUAAAAAUCUCCAAAAUAUCUUAUUUUGUUUUUAAUAGGUUUGGAACGACAUAAGGUUUUCCCUCUAAAUGCUGUUAGUUGUAAUAAGGUCCCUCUAAUAAUAAACCAUCCGUUAAAACAAUGUCAGAACUCAUUAGAAUGUCUUGCCACUGGCAUGCAUGGCUGACAAACUUGUUAAACAGACACCAUUUCCAAACUCUCCUCAAGCUGCAAAAUCUACUGACUA